GACAUUUUUGAUCAUUUAUUGAAACUAUUAAGUUAUUUGUUGAAUUGGUAGUAUGAAUACAUUGAACCGUACGUUUUUAUGUAAUAUAAUAACAUUUAAAGAUACCAAGCAAAGCUCGGUCAUCCAGGUACUAUUACUUAAAGGGAAGACUCUCACCUAGACCAGACACAUUUUUGAUGGCGCCCCUAGGGUUAACCGUCUAUCUGCACUCCGACCCUUUACCAAUCCAUUUGUGUCUGUACACUCACACUAAUAGAAAAGUAGCUUCACUGAUUUGAAAUAACACCCAUUCCGUAUACUUCUUAUUCUUAUUCAAUGAGAAUGGGAAUACCAAAAUUAGAAAUAGAUUUUAUUUCAAAGACUUCACAAGUCGCCUUUGUUUUCAAGUUUUCACUGCCAACUGAACUGCCCACGUAUGGCAAAUAAGGAAGUUAUUGAAAAUCGGGGCAUCACUAAAAUCGCCUUCAAAUGGACCAUAAAUAAUUUUAGCUUUCUCUGUACAACACAGCAUUCACCUAAAUUUUCUGGAAAUGAUGACAAUCUAAUAUGGAACUUGGAGCUUUGUCCAAAGUACAGAACUAAAGAUGGUGACGAUUUUUUACCUGACGAUUACGUUUCCCUAUAUUUAAAAUUGUUACAAGGACCUGUUGGAGCGGAAAAAAUUCUAUGCAAGUAUAAAAUGUAUAUUUUAAAUGAUAUAGGCAAAAUACUCCACGUCAAGGAGAUUUCAGAUGGUGUUGAAUUUGGAAAAAAUGAUCGUCAUGGCUUUGCAACGUUUAUUAGAAGACGCUUGUUAAAAGCAGAUUUAAAGCCUUUCCUCCUAGGGGAUGUAUUAAGAAUUGUAUGUAAAAUUGAAGCUUUAACCAAUAAAGAAAAUAUUUCUGGUCAAAACGCUGUUGGACAGAAAAAAAAUUCUGAAAGCCAUCUUAUUGCUGAUCUUGAUAAACUUCUUCAGAGUCAAAUUCAUAGUGAAGUCAAAUUGGUGGUCGGUAAAUUUGAAUUUCCCGCCCAUAAAAAUAUCUUGGCUACACGAAGUGAUGUCUUUAAAGCAAUGUUCGAACAUAACAUGAAAGAGACCAAAUCAGGUCGAGUGAUCAUAACGGAUGUAAAAGCCGAAGUUGUCAAGGAAAUGCUGCAUUUUAUAUACACGGGGAAUUCUCCGAAAAUUAAAGAAAUGGCAAAUGAACUUUUUAUUGUUGCUGAUAAGUAUGCUUUGAAUAAUUUAAAAGAAAUGUCUGAAAUAGCAUUAUUUGAAAAAAUGAGCAUUGAAACAGCAGCUGAAACUUUAAUCUUAGCUGAUCGCUAUAAUAUGGAGCUAUUGAAAAAGAAAACUUUAAAUUAUAUCACUAUUCAUGGUAAGAAUAUUACAAAAACAAUUGGAUGGAAUUUAAAUUAUAUCACUAUUCAUGGUAAGAAUAUUACAAAAACAAUUGGAUGGAAGGAAAUGAUACUGAAACAUCCGGAGUUAGUAGAAGAAACAUUGAUCGCGCUAUUAUCAUCAACGAAGUAA